GCUGAGUUACUCCUGCAUUUUGUGUCUAACUUUGGAGUACUAUUGUGCAGUUGUGGAGGAUUUGGAGGCAGUGCAGCAGGUGUUCAUCAGGAUGCUGUCUGGAUUGGAAUAUGUUAGUUAGAGGGAGAGGUUGGACAACUUGGAUUGGUUUUUUUCUGGAGCAUCAGAGACUAAGGACUCACCUGAAAGAAGAAUGUACAACACUGAACGUGACUCUAUAAUACUGUGGUGAAAAACAAUGAGAGAUGCUGUCUGACCCAGAGUCCCUCCAACAGUUUGUUUUCUGUUCAAGAUUUCAGCAGUCACGUGAACUGAAGCAGUUAUUUUUAACUGAAGUGCAGAGAAUUGGGACGUCUGAGGAAUAAUGUGCUGGAUUUUAUCUUUGCCGUUGAUGAUCCCGUGACCUGGCACACAAUGAAUAUUAUGAAAAAUCCACAGCAUUAUUCUUUCUUGCGAUUUUUUGGACCAAAGCACGUCAGUAAAAUACAGAAUAAUUAUGGAGCUGGAAUAUAUUACAAUACAUUAGUACCAUGUGAUGAGAGGAUAAUCAAAUAUGGUGUUAUCAGUACGGGGACUCUGAUUGAAGACCUUCUUCAUUGGAAAAAUUUAUACAUUGCUGGAAGACUGCACAAACCUGUGAAAAUUUUGAUCCAAGAUGAAAAUGGCAAAUUGCAAGCUGCAUUGGCUAAGAAUCUGAAGAGUGCAGUGAUGGCAGCCUUUCUCAUGCUGCCAGAAUCAUUUACUGAGGAGGAGCUCUACGUCCGUAUCGCUGGGCUGUCUUACUAUGGUGAUUUCCGAAUGAUUAUAGGAGAAGACCGAUCGAAAGUAAUGAAUAUUGUCAGUGCAAAUAUGGAAAAUUUCCAAAGACUCUACAAUCAUAUUUUACAGGAGUGCCCUCAAGUGGUCUAUAAGCAGCAUUUGGGUAAAUUAGAGCUCGAUAAAAGUCCAGAAGGUCAAUUGAAUCUAUUGAUGGCUUUGCCCAGAACUCUUCAACAAGAAAUCACUCGUUUGGUAGAUCAACCAGGAAAAAAUAGAGAUGUAGAAGAGAUUCUACUUCAAGUAGCUCAAGACCCAGACUGUGGAUUGAUAAUACAGCUAUGUGUAGCUGGUAUCGUAAAAACUUCAAGUAUAACCCAAAGUGCAAAAGGAAUCCUUACUGCUGGUAUGAAAAAAUCAAUUACCUACAGCAUGAAGAAGAUGCAUAAAAUGUGGAGGGGCUGGAGAAGAAAAGCCGUCAAAAGUGUUUGCUAAUUAUAAUUUAAACUACAUUUUUUUAAAUAUUUUUUUUAUGAAGCUUAACAGCUAUUUGGGUUUUUUCGCAAGUCCCUGCGAUAAUUUAUAGAAUCAUUGUUUGUAAAGCCUGGAGAGUAACCCUUUUCCACUCAGUAUCGUCAAUAGUAACUCAAUGCCUUUCAUUCCCAAAUAAUUUUAUGAAUACAUAUUUACAAUAUAUACUUUGCAUUGGUCAUCAUUACACUGUAACGGAACAUCAGUGUAAAUAUCCAAGUGUUGCAAUAGUAGGCAUUUAGAGAUUAGUGGGUUAUUAGGAUCUUGUUAUGUAAACUGAAUAAAGGUAAAUACAUCAAUAGGAAACUUAGGUUCUAUAAUUGUUAUUUAACCAUCUGUAAGUGAAUUUCAUUUACCAACAUUGCAAUGUCGCAGUGGGCAUGCACAUUUUGCUUAUUUGUGAAAUUUGUUUUCAGAUCACUUGGAAAACAUUUUUAACUAUGUUGAUUUAACUGAACAUUGAAUAAUUGAACACUGUAUUAAAUCAACAUGGUUCGGAGAAGAUUAA